UUUACAGCUCGUGAGGUGAACACGGGUCGUCACACUCAUCAGAGCUCCGCCCGCCGCUCCGUGUCUCCGGCUCACACCACAACAACAAACGAACCAACCAACCUUCGUUUUUACUGCUUCUUUCUCCUCAGGAAGAUGGAGAGAUAGAACAGCAACAGGUCCAGCAGGAGGAGGAGGAGGAGAGGAGGAGAAGAGGAGGAGCAGGUACAUCUGAGGAGGAAGAGGAGCAGGAGGAGGAAGGUUGGAUGUGACUCAGCUGACAACAUGAUGCCGAUAUUUCUUACCGUGUUCCUCAGCAACAAUGACCAGCACUUCACUGAGGUUCCCAUCACGCCGGAGACGCUGUGCAGAGACGUGUUGGAGCUCUGCAAGGAGCCCGGCGAGGCCGACUGCUACCUGGCUGAGAUGUGGAGAGGCUCAGAGCGUGUCGUUGGAGAAUCGGAGCAGAUGAUGGCGGUGUUGCAGCCGUGGGGGCAGCAGAGGGGGGAGGUCCGUUAUCUCCUCCACCAUCAGAGAGCUCCGGGACCAGAGUCUGAUGGAUCCAGAACGUCAGAUCAGAAGCUGAAGAGGAACCAGCUGAAAGCUGCUGCAGAGAGAUGUCUGGAGAACGGGGUCUCAGCUCCUCGUCUGGACGUGACCUUCAGUGAACUUCAGGAUCUGGCGACUCGACAGCAGCAGCUGCUGGCCUCCAAAGAGCAGCGGCUGCGCUUCCUGAAGCUGCAGGAUCAGCGGCAGCAGCAGCAGGAGGCGUCUGAACAGGAGCGACUGCAGCAGCUCCGAGAGAACGCACACAACCAGGAGGCCAAACUGCGGAGGGUCCGGGCCCUCAGGGGCCAAGUGGAGCAGAAACGCCUCAGCAACACAAAGCUCGUGGAGGAGAUCGAGCAGAUGACCGGUCUGUUCCAGCAGAAGCAAAGGGAGCUGCUGGUUGCCGUGGCGAGGCUGGAGGAGCUCAGCGACCAGCUGGAGGUGCUGAGGAGCCCACGGAUGGAGCCACCACCUCCGCCUCCUCCUCACCACCACAACACGCCCUCCUCCACCGUGGAGCUGGAGCUCCUCUGUAAAGAGCUGCAGCUGAGGAACAAGCUGAACCAGGAGCAAAGCUCACGUCUGCAGCAGCAGAGAGACGGCCUGAACAAGAGGAACCUGGAGGUGGCGGCCAUGGACCGCCGGCUGGCCGAGCUCCGGCAGCGGCUGUGGAAGAAGAAGGCCGCCCUGCAGCAGAAGGAGAACCUGCCAGUGGCGUCAGAAGGCCCCGCCCCUCAGCAUGGCGUGGGCUCCAGAGUGGCGGCAGUGGGGCCAUACAUUCAGUCGUCCUCCACAACAGGCUCUCAGGGGCCUCCGGUGCCGGCGCGCCAGGAGCCUCCGGUGAAGCCAGCGUACCCGGACGGCACAGCAACCCUGCCCAUACCCGACUCGUCCCUGAAGCCGCCUCCCAGACCCGUCAAACCGGCCGCAGGUUUGAGCUCCUCUAAAAUAACCGAACUCUCCGACUGGAAGGCCAGAGCACUUCCUAAAUCUAGCGGAGGUUACAGCCACGCCUCCACACUGCCUCGUAUGUCCAGCCUCAGCUAUUGCAACUCAGGUGGUGAGACCCUCACAGGUCAGAGAGGACUUUGUGGAGCUGACAUCCCGCCUCCUGUCCCGUCACGGACCAAUCACAGCACUGACACCCUGCUCAGGGACGUUCAGGCUUCAGGUAAAUGUUUGUCCAAGAUGACCGUGCCACCUCCUGUUCCCGUUAAGCCCAUACCGCUCUCUUCGUCCGGCCCACCAACCUUCUCCAGGCCCCCCUACAGCACUGGGACCUUCCCUGGUAAGGCUCGGCCGGUCGGCGGCCACCUCAGGGCUCCAGGAGUCCUCUCCAGCCACUGCAAUACACUCCCUCUGCCCAACAAGCAGGAAAGCCCUCCGGCCGCUGCCGUCCGACCUUACACCCCGGACCUCUCAGAUGCCCCCACCCCUGCGCUGCAGAAGCCUCAGACUGUGGCGGCGUCAUCCAUCUACUCCAUGUACACCAAGCAGGCCUCUCUGGGAAAGGGCUACCAGCCAGGAGGUCAGGGCACACUGCCCCGCAGUCAGCCCCGAGUGUACGGGAAGCCAAUCCUCCCUGCCAGCGGGGGGCAGCAGUCUGUCUCCUCAGACAACACUGGCCUGAAUUCUGGGGCCUGUGUGUCUGACGGGAGCGAGGCUGACAACAGUUGUCUGGGGAACGGCGAAGGGGUCAGUGGAGAGACGGCAGAACGAGCCACGCCUCGACCACUCAGCCCCACCAAGCUCCUCCCCUUCCUGUCCAACCCUCACAGGAACCCCAGCGAUGCGGACCUUGAGGCCCUGCGACGCCGGCUGCACCACGCACCCCGGCCCCUGAAGAAACGCAGUUCGAUCACGGAGCCCGAGGGCCCGGCCGGACCCAACAUCCAGAAGCUGCUCUACCAGAAGACCACUCUGGCUGCCAUGGAAACCAUUCCCAUGGAGACAGUCAGUCCAGCGGAGACAUAUAUUCAGCCUGGGGUACACGACAACUGGGAUGGCGGGGUGGAUGUCGAUGACAACACUGGGUUGAGCUUCAACCAAUUGCUCGCUGAGAGCCCUGAGGACUCCCUGACUCCACCCCCCCUGCCCCCUCGCUCACCCAUCCCUGACCCCGCCUCCUGCUGCUCCCAGUGCCCCGCCCUGGAGGACAAGGAAGAGGAGGUGUGUCCGUCCUCAGUCCACCACAUCCACUUUCCAGAGGAGUUCCCCCCGUACCCCCCCCCACCAUACCCCAGCUGUGGGGAGACGGAGCACGGAGACAACACCAGCAACCUGCAGCCGCCGGAGGUCAUGGGGCAGGUCCCAGUUCCGCCGGGUAAGAGGUCGAUCCUCCGUAAAGUCGGCUCCGAGCGGAUCAGUCACACGAUGCGGGUCAAGUUCAACCCUCUGGCUCUGCUGCUGGACUGUUCCCUGGAGGGCGAAUACGACCUCGUCCAGAGGGUCAUCUUCGACGUGGACGACCCCAGCUCAGCAAACGACGAGGGCAUCACUGCGCUGCACAACGCCGUCUGCGCCGGCCACACAGAGAUCGUCAAGUUUCUGGUUCAGUUUGGCGUCAACGUCAACGCUGCCGACAGCGACGGCUGGACUCCGCUUCACUGCGCCGCCUCUUGUAACAACGUUCAGGUCUGUAAGUUCCUGGUGGAGUCGGGGGCAGCCGUGUUUGCCACCACUUACAGCGACAUGCAAACAGCUGCCGACAAAUGUGAGGAAAUGGAGGACGGCUACGCGCAGUGCUCCCAGUUCCUAUAUGGCGUUCAGGAGAAGAUGGGCGUGAUGAACCGCGGCGUGGUGUACGCCCUGUGGGACUACGAGCCUCAGAGUGACGAUGAGCUCGGCUUCAGCGAGGGCGACUGCAUGACGGUGCUGAGACGGGAGGACGAGGUGGAAACGGACUGGUGGUGGGCAAGAUGUGGCGAUGGCGAGGGCUACAUCCCCCGCAACCUCCUGGGGGCAGAACUGAGUCAAAGGUUACACGGCAGAAUUUAAAGGAGAUGAAUGUGGAUCAUCCUCUGCAGAAUCUACCGCCUGAGACCUUCUCCUCCUUCACGUAUCGGAGGACGACACACUCUGAAGUCCUGCUCUCUUCAUUAAACUCCACAGGGAAUUGAACCGUCAACCCUGGCAGUUGUUGCUAAAUCUCAUCUCUUUUAAUCAGGCUUGAAAGCAGCUCUGAGGAUCCUGUGACUCAACAGUCUUAUAUAAGAAGUUACACUAUUUAACUUUAUCUUAACGACAAACUCUUUUUAUUUCCCAGCUGUAUCUGAGGAUCAAACCGCGGCAGAGGAGCCUGGCGUAAACCUCCCAGUGACAAAUCCUUCAGGCGAGACGAGCAGCGAGCGAAUGAUCCUCUGGACUCGUUCAGAGACGCAGUGUCAGGAGUUUUUGUUCAAAUGAGACAGAUGUUUUUCAAUCUGCGCUCACAUCUGCACAGUAUUACUUCUCCUCAAUUCAUUUGUUUCAGUGGUUUUUCCUCUGAAGUCCCGAGAGCCUCAAAUGAAAUGAGAAAUUCUUUUGGGUCCAUUUUGUAAUAUUGUGUCUUUUGUCAAGAUUGAAUUUUUAUUUUAUUGAACAUUGAAAUCAAAGGAAACAAUAUGAGCAAACGUCCCAAAGACUCAAACUACAAAGUCUCUAUCUUUUAAUUUUUUCAUUUUGUAUUUAUUAUUUUGAAUUUAAAAGUUUAAUGUCUUGUUUCUUCUUUUACAGGAUCAACUAGUUUCACCCAGAAUGUAAUGAAAUAGUUAAAUGAUUAAAACAUUAAUUUACGGGGCUGAUUUACCAAAAACAUGUUUCUAAUGCACCAGAACCGUUAAAUAUGAUGAUGUGAGAUUUAAAUUCUACAAACACUGAAUGAAACUUACUUUAUUUUACUCGUCUCUGUUCUGCUUCAGUUGGUUUAAGAUUAAAAUCUAAUGUUUGGAUUUUG